CCGGAGACCAGACGAAGACAGAAGUAAAGUAAUUUGAAUUAUUGUCCAUUCGUGUGUGUUUUCGGGAUCUUUGGGUGCUUUAAGAUCUUCACAUUGAUCAGAUCUUAUGUGAAAUAUGUUCGCCCCUGGCGUGUGUUUAGUUUUUGUGAGUGUUUUCCUAGUUUGUCCGGUGAAUGGCGCCGCACCUCCGCCGCUCUCAGUGAACGUUCAUGGAGGCGGAGGUGCCGGUGCCUCCUCGUUGCUUCCCAGUGUGUGUCGCAGCACUGUGAAUGGCAGCGUGGAGAUCCGUCUGCCCUUUGUGGACAUGGAGCUGAGCCACGAGCAUCCGCUGUAUCUGCUGCGCGAGCCCACCGAAGAUGUGCUGCUGGUGCUGCACGGCCACGAGCUGUUUCAGCUGCACGUGGCCAGCGGGGGAGACAAGCGCCUGGUGCGCCUGGGCGAGCUAGCUGGACGGGCGCGGGUGUUGCCCGGGGCCUCUCUGGGCGCUGAGGUGGUGGCCUGGCGCCAGUUCCUGCUGCUGGCCAUCGUUCAUCCGGAGACGCUGGAGGUUUACCAGCUGCCCAAGCAGCAGCUCAUGGCCGAUGACACACAGCUGAGCUUCGAGCCCAUUCAGGAAUUCUCGCUGGCCCAAGGCUUCCAGCAGAUGCACUUGCUCAGGCAUCCUGAUCCUGAGAAGGUGCUGCUGCUGCUGGCCUCCAACUACACGAAAUCCCAAGGGAGGAUCCAAACCUUCGAGUGGCUGGACACGUACUUCAAUCCCGUAGAAGAUUUUUUCCUGCCCGCCAUCCGCACGCUCCAGGUGGUGGGGCUAAAGCCCCUGUACAUCCUUACCGGCCGUUCCCUGCGCGGCUCCCAUUCCAAGUUGGUGCUCACUGUUUUCGAGCUGGAGGCCGCGACGAUGCGCCUGCGGACUCGUCAGACCCUGACCACUCAGGCGUGGCAUGUGCUGGCGUUCCGCUUCCGUGAACGCAACUCCUUCGUUGCCUGCUCCUCGUCUGCAUCUGGCUCCAAUGUGAGCACUGCUGGUGGUUCUACCGACUCCUGCCUUUUCUUCCGCAUGGUCGAGGGACAGUUUGUAGUGUAUCGCAAACACGUCCAGCGAGAUCUACACUUCUCCCGCCUGACGGUGGCCCAGCAGGGGCGUCUCCUGAUAGGCGCACGCCCUAAUGGCGAAGUGCUCGUCUUCAAUAGCCAGCGGCUGGACUGCUACAACGGAUUUGUUGUGCGGGGGGACAUGGAACCCAGCGGUUUGCUCAGCCAUCGCAAUGGACAGAACGAGAGCUACUUGCUGCUGACCUACCGCCGAUCCUCGAGUGAUUUGGUGCGCCUGGUGCAGCUAGGCGGGGAGCAGCAGUAUGAGGAGAAGAAGGAGAAGACCAGCAACCAAGUGGGAAGAGAAGAUCUGAGCAUCGUGCAGAUGCAUCGCCACGAGUUCGAGGAUACCCUAUCGAGCCUGAGGAGCCUCCUGCUGCGCCGCAAAGCUUCAAUGGAAGAACUAAGUCGUUGGCAGAAGCUACUCCAACAUCACUCCUCGAUUCACUUGCAGAAACCCCUCCAUUUGGCUGCAAAAGGACGCAUCCAACGGUUGCAGCUGGUGGGCAGCCACCUGCGCACUCCCACACAGCUCAGGCAGCGUCUGGAGCAGCUGCGUGAACGAUUCGUAGCCAUACCCAUACGACGUGGCCGUGUCCCGAGAUCCUUUGGUGCGGGAAAUGACUCUAGCGAUGCCAUAGAGCGGCUGAAGGUGAAGCGAUUGCAUGUCAAGAAUCUCAUCUACCAGGGCCAGUUGCUGCCAGGCCACACACUAGACUCCUCUCUGUUGACCCUCAGGGAACCCUUGCUAACCAAGGCGCUGCACACAGAGCACCUGCUCACGCCCCAGGACUACGGGAAGAACCAUACAACUGUUGCCCCUUCGAGUGGAUCCCCUAAGGCGGAUUUACGGGUGCGUCACUUGCAUGUGGGUCGCAUCAAUGGUGUGUCCUGGUUUGAGUUCUACGACUCGCUAUUCCUACGCUCCCGCGAUUCCCAGUUGGAGGGACGCCUCAUCUUUCAGUCGCGGUCGCGAGUCGUGAACCUCCAGACGGAACUGCUCAAUGGCUUGGUGGUGCCAAAGCUGUUCAAUCUGAGGCGCCACCAGGUGGUCAGCUCCAAUCUCUACAUGUCAGCCUUUUAUGUGUCCCGCCUGGAGGCGGGACGUGUCAAUGGUCUGGACUUUGCCCGUGACAUAGUCUUUCGCGGCGGCAACAGCACGUGGAUAAAAACGCCAGUUCGUAUCAACCAGAUAAGCGUCUCGGGGGAUAUCCUGGUGGGCAAUCACACAGCCAGCAGACAGUGGAUGCAGCCACGACAGAUGCAGAUGGAGAACCAUCGCCUACAGCAGUACUACACGGGCAGGGUGACCAUCAAGGGAUCCCUGACGCUGAACAAUGUGCUAAGGGAUACCCAGAAGUCGCGCCUCCUGCUGUCCACAGGCCAAUCGCUGACUAAGAAGGACCUCCAUUCCACCUACCUGCUGGCCCACACUCCGCAGAACCUAACACAACUGAUAUUUGGCAAUGCCAAGGUCACGACACCCUCACUGGCCACCAACCAUAUACAGGGCCAUCCCGUGGAGGAGCAUCUGCUGACCAGUGGCAGCCAAGUGGGGACAGGCAACCGCACGUUGAAAAUCAUCUUCAUGAAUGUCAGCGUCGAGGGUGACAUCGUCUGCCGCGACUACACCUCCCGCCUGGCCCUGAUCUCGCGAGAGGCAGUGCGUCAUGGCCAGCUGGCGAACAUUACAGGGCACAAGCAUUUCACCGAACCCCUAACUGUGCAGACGCUGCUCAGCCAGCAGCUGAACGGUGUGCCCGUGGAUGAACUGGUGCUCAAGUCCCAAUCCGCCCUAAAUUUCACCGGAGUCAAGAAAUUCCAGCGUUUGGUCAUCGGAACAGAUAUGGAGAUCGGGAAAAAUCUGAAUGUGAGUCGCCUGAAUGGACUGCCACUCGGCCAGCUGCUGGGCCAUGCCCUCAGCCUGCAGCGCCUCGAGCUGAAGGACCAGAGGCCAGUGCACCUGCAGAGCCUCCACUUUCGACGCCUCAACGGUCUGGCCUUUGACGAGCUGCUGGGAAAGCUUUCGGCCGGCACAGAGGAUGGGGAUACGCCGCAGCUUUUGCUCCGCAAGCAGCUGCUUAUCGAGGGGAAUGUCCGAUUCGAGGGCGGACUCCACCUGCAGGACGUCAAUGGGAUACAGUGGGAGGAUUAUAUGUCGCGCCUGGUACGUCCCGAUGCCAAUGCCGUGCUGAAGGGCCGCAAGACCUUCCUGGCCCCCGUACAGCUGACCGACGCCCUGCAGUCGCCCCAUAUUAAUGGCCUGGAUCUGAGCAGCCUGCUGGACAACACCCUGCUCCGGACCACGCCGCAGGCCAUCACUGGAGCCUAUAGCUGCCUCCGAAUGAGGGCCAGCAAUGUGGAUGUUCCUCGGCUAAAUGGAGUGCCUGCCGAGCUCUUUAUGGACACGCGUCGGGAGGAGCUUCUGCUGAAGGGAGAUCUCACUGUGCAGCACUUGAAUGUCAAUGGGAGUCUCAAGUGUCCCAAGGAUCUGGGACUGGAAGGCCUGGACAGUCGACUGGUGGCGCUGUGGAAGCAGCCGUGGCGGCGCUUGGUGGUGACUGGCGAUGCCCUCUGGCAGGAGGAAAAGGGGGAGGCACCCCAGAGCCACUUAAAGUAUCUCCGAGAGCAUGCAGUGCGGCGGGCGGGAAACCAAACGAUUGCCGGACACGUGCUGUUGCGGCAGCCCCGCCUGGAGAGGCUGCACACCAGCCAGCAACAGCCGCUGCAAGCGGACCUCAACUUCACCCACCUGGCGGCAGAUGCCCUGCUCCGAUGGACCGCCGGCAAUGAGAGCCAGCUGGUGGAGGCCCCCCAGCAGCUGCUGGGACCAGUCUGGGCCAGAUGUUUGGACCUGGCAGGCGAUGGACACUUUGGACGGCUGAACGACAUCGAUUUGGAGCGACUAAAUGCCUCCCUCUACCGCCUGUCCCACGGAGGAGCUAUCCAUGCCGAGCUGCGCUUUGAAAAGACCCCCCGUCUGGGCAGACUGGUGUUGGGACAGGGCCGCCAGGUGAACGGUGCCAGUAUCGAGGGAAUCUUUGUGCAGGGCGGCGGCAGGCCCUGGCCAAGGGCCAGCUUCAGGCAGCUGCGAGUGGAGCAGGACCUGCGCCUGGGCAGCGUCAAUGAGAUGAGCAUGGAUUACUUUUUCGAGCAUCGCGUGCCACUGCGUGGCCCCACCAUGGAAGUGUUUGGUGGCCUUAGCUUCGAGCGGCUAAUCCUCGAGGGGAGACCCCUGCUGCGGUCCAUUAACGGCAUUGGGCUGGAGAAUGCCGUAUAUCGGCAUAGUCGUCGGCUGCAGGCAUUUGGCGGCAUCAAGACCUUUGCGGGCGGCGUGGAGUUCGAGGGACCCGGCCAUGUGAUGCACCUCAAUGGCAGGGAUCUUAGCGAGAGCUAUCGACAGAGCAUCUUUAAGGAUCGCGACUAUAAUAUCGAUAGCCUGUGGCUGGAUAAAGCCAUCUUUCCGGCCGGCCUGCUCUAUGUGGAUUCGGCAGAGAACCAGCUGCGUGACGCGUCCAACGAGCAGGACCCCGAGAAUCUGGAGGAUCUGCUGCUGCAGAAGGCGAUAAAGGAGAAGAAGGCCAGUAAGCGGCGACUGCUGUACCUGGACUACGACCUGCAGCCGCUAAAGGCGCUCUGGGGCAAAACUAACGAGUCCUUUGACCUGCAGGGCAGGCUCAGACUCGGCCAGCAGUCCUCCGCCAUCUGCCAGGGCCGCCAGCUAAGGGCCCAGCUCCAGUUGCGGCCAGCGAGGGUCCACCGAACCAACGUUAGUCUGUCCAGCGAGAUGCUGCGUCUGGACUCUGGGGACAUACACGUGAAAGUGCAGAAUCAUUGCCAGCUUCCGGUGAAGCGGAUCCGCAGCACCAUCCGGAUCGAGUGCAGGAAUGAGUCCUUCACAUUGGGUAUGCGCCAGCCAGUGGAGCAGCUAGCGAUGCUGGAUGAGAGAUUGAUCCUGCUAGGCAGUGGAAUCGAAGUGCGCAUCCUGCGGCUGAACCCGAACAACUGCAGCCUCACCGACUGGCAGUCCCUGGAAUCGGUUGAUGGCCGCCUGAUGAAGGUUAUUCGCAUAAGGAAGCCCAAGAAGGAGAACGAGAUGAAUCUCCUGCUGGCCAGUGGAGUGCACAGGCAUCGUCCGGCACUCUCCAUCCACUGGAGGGAUGCAUUCAGUGAGCGCUUCCAGCUCGCCCAGCUAAUUGGCGGCGACUACGACCUGGCCGAGCUCCAGGAGGAUCAGCUAAUGCUCAGCUGCCGGCGGUGUCGCCACAUAGCCAUCUUCAUUCUGAACCACAAUCACACCCACGAGGACGGUCCGCGGUUUGUGCCGCUGCAGCAGUUGCGCCUCCAGGAGCCCAUUGAGCAGAUGAUCCCUCUGUUCGUAGGCGGAGAUCGUUACCUGCUGGUGCUCACACAGCCAGAGUCGAAGCCUUUCUACUUGUUCACCUACGGCCAGGUGGGUGGAUGGCUACAGCACUCCUACGGCCACAAGGGAGACGGCCUGCAGUGGUCCAUUCCGUUGGUGCAAUCCGGCGAGGACUUGCAACAAACGGAAGCACCUUUGAUGCUGCUAUGCGGAGGAGGAGAAGCUGCAGAGGGCGCAGAAGGAGAGUGCAAACUGGUCAGAGCUUUGUUGGAUUAGGAUGGGUUCCAUCUUAUUUACAAUAUGUAUAUUUAUUUGUUAAUGUAUUAUUACUCGAGAUUAUCACAUUCAACGUUCAUCUGUCUAAGUCCUAGGCAGAAUCAUCUGUAUAUAUAUCUAUAUAUGUGUGUAACUUCCAAUAAGGAAUAAAUCCUAAUCCUAUGCGA